GUCAGUUGCGCUUCCCAAACAAGGAAAUCGGGACCUUUGAGUGGAUCGAUAGUCAGUUAGGCUCAGGCAGUUAGUCAGAGAAACUAGUUUUAUACAGCAUUAAAGAGAAAAACAAACUCUAAAUUAAGUCAUAAUGGCAUCUUUGUUUAAAAAGAAGACAGUUGACGAUAUCAUUAAAGAGCAGUCCAAAGAGCUGAGAGGCACCCAGAGACAAAUCACCAGAGACAGAGCUGCCCUGGAGAGACAGGAGAGGCAAAUGGAAAUGGAAAUCAAAAAAAUGGCCAAGACUGGAAACCGAGAAGCCUGCAAGAUACUAGCCAAACAACUCGUACAGCUCAGAAAACAGAAGAACCGAACCUACGCCGUAAGCUCUAAAGUCACGUCCAUGUCAACGCAGACCAAAGUCAUGAACUCUCAGAUGAAGAUGGCUGGAGCCAUGUCUACCACAGCGAAGACUAUGCAGACUGUCAAUAAAAGACUGGACCCCAAGAAGACGCUACAGACAAUGCAGGACUUCCAGAAGGAGAACUUAAAAAUAGGAAUGACUGAGGACAUGAUCAACGAUACGCUGGAUGAGAUUUUUGAUGAAUCGGGCGAUGAGGAAGAAAGCCAGGACAUCGUGAACCAGGUGCUAGAUGAGAUCGGGAUAGAAAUCGCAGGAAAGAUGGUAAGAGCCCCCUCAGCAGGAAAGAUCCUCCCUGGCGCCUCCCCAGCAAAGUCUAAAGCGGCGACCAUCUCAGACGCUGAGAUCGAGAGACAGCUGAAGGCUCUGGGAAUGGACUAAAACUGUGCACCCACUGCUACCAAAGGACUGAAUUCAUAGUGGGAACAGGGAGUGUUUAAGUAAUAAAUGAAGGGAAAAUGUCAGCAAAUAUUCUCUUAUUGGAGUAUCGCAGUGAGUCACUGGAGGAUAUUCAAUGGACGGAUAUAAACAGCAGAUUUAGAUGUUCUGACAAAAUAUUCUCCAAAUCUGCUGCACAUAUUAUGAGAUUUAAAGGUGAAGGAUGUAAUCUUUGCAUCACUAGUGGCUCCAAAUGGAACAGCAAUCAGUUUGUUUGAGGAGCAUGAUUGGGUGGGGCACAACAGCGGCUCAACCAAUGGUGUGUGCUUGGGCGACCAAUGGCAAAUUUGGGGGUGGGAUUAAAAAUCAAUGGCUGCAUUCAAAAUUGCAUACUUUUCUGCUAUAUAGUAGAUGGAAAAACAGUAUGUAAACAGAGUAGUAUUCAUAAAAAAGUAGGGAAACAGUCCCCAGGUGACUUAAUACUUUCAGGACAAGAUCCCAUAAAGCCACAGGGGAAAAACUGAAUUUGCGACCUACGCUGAUAGGUCACAUGGCAAUGACAACAUGGCGAAUGUAGUACUUGCGGAUUAAAUUCAUAUUAGCAAUACUUUUGUACAGUCGCUAAGUAAUUACAUAUUAAAAAGAAGUACAUAUUCUGAGAGUAUGCGAUUUUGGGCACAGCCAUUAUUUUGAAAGUUUCAUGCUGUUAGUGUGCAAAAAUUACACACUUUACAUUUAAUUUUAAAGGGUGCUAUUACUGUGACAACUAAUUGUCUUUUAAAUCCUUUAAAAUGUACAGAAACAUUGGAAGAUUUUGGUACCCCAUGGGAUUCCCAUUUGUUAUAGGGCUAAACAUCUCAUGUAAGUUAAAGGAUGCUCAUUAUGUGUUUUUUUAUGUCUUUUUAGGUUAUGUAUGACUUAAGGGAGUAAAACAGCUUUCCUUUUUUACAAUGAGGUUUGGUUUAAACUCUUGAAUACAUACAAAUAAUAUCUUGCAUGAGAAUCUUUGUUGAUAUGAUAAUGAUAAUGUGAUGAAGUCUUUACUUAUCAACCUUGAAACAAUGCAACCACUGAGACUCUUCAACUGCUUGAUGAGUGUUGAUCUUGGUAGGUAAAACAAAA